UGUCUGUAGUCUGUACUCUGUGUCACAGACAAUUAAUGAUUUGGUCUGCGUGAAUAAUUUUGAUUUUUAGAGCAUGUGUUAAUUUUAUUUAUCUCGUUCAUGUUCUUGAGUUUUGACUGUGCUAGAAUUUAUAUGGUUAGAUACAUGUCAAUUAAAUAAAUGUAAAAUUUCUAAAAAUGCCGACUCCAGAUAAAAUACUAAUGCGAAAAAUCAAGAAACGUGAAAAGAAGAAAUUGAAACUUAUUACACAAAAGGCAAACGGCGUUGCAAAAAAUGACACAGAACCUUCUACUGGGGCUUGUGAUGAGGUUGAGGUGUCUCAAAAGGAACUAAAGAAAAGGCCCCUUGAGGAACAACAGAAUAAUAAUGUAACACUGGCAAAGAAAAAGAAAAAAAAGCAAGUAGUCGCCAAGAAAGACCAAGAAGAAAUAAAAGAUGAACCAGCAUCAGAUAGUGAAUUAGUCCAGGAACCUACAGAUGAUAAUGAAGAUGAGUUAAAGGCAAAUGCAGAUAGUCAGUUACCUGGCUCAAGUCUAUGCCUAGGAAUUCUAUCAGAUCAGAAGUUCUCUUCCCUGGAAGAAAAAGUGUGUGAGGCCACCCUCAUGGGCAUUAAGGAUAUGGGUUUUACUACAAUGACAGAAAUACAGGCAAAAGCUAUUCCCCCUUUGUUAGAAGGAAGGGAUCUAGUUGGAGCAGCAAGAACAGGAUCAGGAAAAACAUUAGCCUUUCUAAUACCUGCUAUUGAUCUUAUAUACAAAUUGAAGUUCAAACCUAGAAAUGGUACUGGAGUUAUAAUUUUGUCGCCAACUAGAGAGCUGUCAAUGCAAACAUUUGGCGUUCUCAUGGAACUGAUGAAGUAUCAUCACCAUACCUAUGGGCUGGUUAUGGGUGGAGCAAAUAGGAGUACUGAAGCACAGAAACUUUCAAAAGGAAUUAAUAUUCUAGUAGCAACACCAGGUAGAUUACUAGAUCACUUGCAAAACACACCUGAUUUCUUGUAUAAAAACCUUCAAUGUCUUGUAAUUGAUGAGGCAGACAGAAUACUAGAAAUUGGUUUUGAAGAAGAAGUUAAGCAGAUUAUUAAACUUUUACCAAAACGGAGGCAAACUAUGCUAUUCAGUGCAACACAGACAAAAAAGACAGAAUCUUUAACAGCUUUAGCGGUCAAGCAUGAACCUGUGUAUGUAGGUGUUGAUGACCAUAGAGAACAGGCUACAGUGGACUCAUUAGAACAAGGAUAUAUUGUAUGCCCAUCAGAUAAGCGUAUGAUGGUUCUGUUCACAUUCCUCAAAAAGAAUAGGAAAAAGAAAGUUAUGGUUUUCCUUUCCACGUGUAUGUCUGUCAAAUUCCACAAUGAACUUUUCAACUACAUUGACCUACCAGUGAUGUCUAUACAUGGUAAACAGCAACAAUCUAAACGCACAACCACAUUCUUCCAGUUUUGUAAUGCAGAGACUGGUAUACUUUUGUGUACUGAUGUUGCCGCUAGAGGUCUAGAUAUACCGGCUGUGGAUUGGAUCGUACAAUAUGAUCCCCCAGAUGAUCCAAAGGAAUAUAUACACAGAGUGGGUCGAACCGCAAGAGGACUUGGUACAAGCGGACACGCCUUAUUGUUCUUACGUCCAGAGGAAAUAGGGUUCCUUAGAUACCUGAAGCAGUCUAAAGUCACCCUGAAUGAAUUUGAAUUCUCCUGGAAUAAAGUCUCUGACAUUCAGCUGCAGUUGGAGAAAUUAAUAUCAAGAAACUACUUCCUUAAUCAGUCCGCAAAAGAAGCCUUCAAGAGCUACUUAAGGGCGUACGACUCGCACCAUCUAAAAACCAUAUUCGAUAUCGACACGAUAGAUUUGGCUAAAGUCUCUAAAUCGUUCGGUUUUACCGUACCACCGGCAAUCGAACUGAAGGUUGCUAACAAAGGACCUCCGCAAAAGAGGAAAGGUGGCGGCGGUUUUGGUUAUUUCAAGACUUUAAACGCUCCGCAUCAUAAGAAAAAUGAAAAAACUAAGGUUUACAGACAAAAGGGUAACAAUAAAAGGUCGGUGAGCUAAAGUUACGUGUUAAUAUUGAAAAUGCAUUGCAAAAUGUCCUCUUUGAUUCGUUUUUGCGCCGACAAUUUUGAUGACAAAAGGUUUUUUGCUAAAUGACGUUACCCUGAUUCUCUAUGGCAUUUCAAACAAUUAUUAAAGAAAGUAUUUUACUCCAGCCUCUCUAAUUUACUUUAUUAUAUAUAUAUAUAUAUAAUAAACAAAAGAUAAAGGUAAUAAAUUAGCCUUUUUUAUGUGCAUAAUUAAAAUGUAUGGAAACUAUAUUGUGUGCUAAUGAGGUUUUUAAUACACUUAUCAAUCAGAUGUUUCUAGGCACGCGAUAUUUAUUAAUUUUAGGCUAAAUUAUGCAUGUUCUUCUCUUUUCAAGAAUACUGUUCUUGAAAAGAGAAGUGCGCACUGUCGAAUUAGCGCGAAUGAGAAAUGUUCACGUUGUCAUAAAUUUAAUAUGAAUUGAACCAAAUAAUAUAAAUAGUUUUUGCAUCAUACUUACAUAUUACUAAGUUAUUAAAAAUCCCACAGGAACCAAAUCAUAUCGUAGUCUCACAAGAUAUUUAUAACAAUAUAGUAUUUGUAACAAACACUACUCUUUACAAAUAAACAAUCGCCUUACUCGAAACUGACAUAAAUUAGUGACAAAAUAAUGUUGUGAAAGCGCAAUCUAAUCUGCUGAGUUUCUUGCCGCCCCGAACCGGUUGUCGAGUCACUACAAAUAGACUGACUUGACUUUCAAAAAUGCUUAUAAACUGGGCCUACUUGUACUAAAUGAAUUUUGAAUGUUAUAGAGAAUUAGGGGUCUGGCCUCUACGUGCAUUAACCAGCAGGGUUCAUUCAAAUUAGUCUUACUGUACAAUGAAUAGCAUAGCAUAGCAUGUUAUAGAAAACCUCGAUUAAUUUGAAUACAUCUGCAUUAAGUUAAUCAUAUACGUAGUUGAUUUACUGAGGAAAAUAAAAGAUGAAUGAUGAACUACAUACAUUCACUCCACAUCAACAAAAUUCAAAUUAAAACUAAAAGAAUGUGGGCUAACAGUUUUUAAAUGCAUUGUUUUGAGUAGAGUUGUGCUGUUUUGUAAUGACAAAGCUUUUUAUUACAUGAUUUUAUUUACUUU